CAAAUGCCAUGCCAUGUUAUACUAUAUAAAUUUUAAACGAGUAUUGACAUUAGUCACCGUCUUACGAUUGAAUCGGCCGAUCGGCUUCAUUUACAAAUAGACUGACGUUCAGAUAUGGCUAAUAAAGAUGACGAUAUCAUCAAAAUGGGUUUUACCAUUUGGAUGUCGAUUGCGAUAGUUAUCAUCAUUUGGUUCUUAAGUGGGUACAUCAGGGGAAGACGAAAUAUGCAGUACCAGUUACACGUUAUCGAAGAUGGUUUGAGAAGGAUGCAGAAUGAAAUUGAGUUCAAAAGGAGGCAGAAGAGCAUCGGUUAUGUGGAUAACAUUGAUGAAAUACUUAAUCAAAUCACUCCUGAAAAUUUGAGUGAAUUCAUGAAGGAGGACGAGAAGGCGGCUGAAAAAAGUCGUCGCAACGAGGACAACAAAGAUGAGAAAGCGGAUGAGAAAUUAGAACCUGAUGAAGACACGUGUGCGGAGGCCAGGAGCGCUGACAAAGCGAAGGACGAGAAGAAAAAUGACUAAAACUCAACUUCAAUCAUUGUGACUGCCUGAAUGAUUUUUUUAGAUACUAGUUUUUUUGUAAGUCAAUCUAAUAAAAAUGUUUUAUACA